AUGAAGACGCUUCUCCUCCUACUUAUAUUCAUUUCUUGCACAUACGCAUAUGUCGAAGAGAGUGCUCUAGCUAAUUUACAAACUUUAGAUCAUUGGAAUACAUUUCGUAUUGUUUUAUCACAUACAUUCGAUGAGUGUUUUUAUCUUGAAACAAAAUUGGAAGAUACAAUUCAUGCCAUCUAUCAAGUACUUAGAGGUGGUGAUUCUCUUAUACGAGUCACAAUAACUGAUCCAUUGGGUCGUACAGCAUAUACUCAAGCUAAUAGCCCAUUUGGUUGGUACGAUGAAGAGCAUUCGAAAGUUGCAGGUGUGCUUGCAAUUCAUAAAGAUCGUGUUUUAGAAGCAACAAUAAAUGCAGUGAAUGAGAAGAAAGCUAAUGAAACUGCUGUUAUAGAAGAAUUUUCUACAAAUGCUAUGAAAUUACUUGGUAAUAUUUCAACCACACUUUAUCGUCUUACUGCUUAUCAAACAAUAGGACGAGUUCAUCAUUUACAUGAUUUAUAUACAGUUGAAGCUAAUGCAAGUUAUGUUCAAAAUUGGGCUAUAUGCCAAAUCAUAACAAUGAUUGUAUGUUCAAUGAUUCAAGUUUUUAGUAUUCGACGAUUAUUUAAAUCCACAAUAUCCAAUAAAACAUCAUUCAAUAGAAAGCAUAAUGAAAAUUUCAGUCCACGAGCAUCAACACAUUUUAUUCUAGCUAAUUAA